CACCCUCUUUAACUGCGCACAAUCCAAUCCUAUUAUCUUUCUGAAUCUGGGUUGAUCGGAAGGGGGCAAGAGAGAGAGAGAGAGAAAGAAAGAAAGAAAGAGAGAGCAGCUGUCGAUCUUCGUGGAUCCUGGAUACCUCUUCUUCCCUUUGUGGUUAUUGUUGUUUUUGUUGUUGUUGUUGUUUGUGUCAUUUUUUAAAAAAGACAAAGCUUCUUCUGAGACGGCUAAGAGGUCUGGCGUUUAUUUAUUUUUCCUGCUCUCCCGAUGCAGAGGCCGUGCGCGAAAGGGUUAUUUCAGGAAUAAUAGCUCCUAGCCACAUCGGGAGUGCGUGCACGGCCGUGCGGCUUUGCAGAAGAAAACCGGAGGAAGAAGGAAAACAGCUGAGGAGGGGGUCUCUUUUCCCACCCUCGCCCCUUCCCCUUGGCCUCGCUUUCCUCAAAGUAGUGCAUUGUCUGAUCUACGGCAAAUCUUUCCCAGCUAUUGAAUUCAUCUUGUCCCUUCGAGGGGAAGGUGGUUUUCUUUUUUUCUUCCCCCUCUUCCCCCUUCUCCUUUGUAUGGUUUUGUUCUAUUUUUGCCUGGUUUUGUUUUUUUUUUAAAAAUUCAAUUGUUAUAUCAGCUGAGUCAUCAUGUCCGCUCUCACGCCUCAAAGCGAUACGCCGACUCCCACCACAGACAAGAUCACCCAGGCUGCCAUGGAAACCAUCUAUCUGUGCAAAUUCCGGGUGUCGAUGGAUGGAGAAUGGCUCUGUUUGAGAGAACUGGACGACAUCUCCCUUACGCCCGACCCCGAGCCGAGCCAAGAAGACUCAUGGGAGGAUUUGACAGAUUUGGUGGAGCAAUUGCGCAAUGACACAGAAGGUGCGUUCCACACCACCAUCUUCCUGCUCUUUCUUUGCAUUCCAUUUGCUUUUGUCGUCUUUGGAGCUCAGUCACACAUGCUACUUUUCCAGCGGUUCUCACCAUGCAUAUAUAUCUGUGCCCAUAUUGUUCUGCGUUUUCGCUCGAUUAAAAACACGCAUUUUCCCUUCAAUCUUGCCGUCGCAAACAACAGAAUUAUAACACUGCAAGAAGAAAUGGAGCGAGUCAAAGAGGAGAGUUCGUACAUUUUGGAAUCCAACCGAAAGGUAAAUAAGACUGCAGACGGGCAUGCCCUCACCGAAGCGAGGAAACAGCUGAAAGAGGAAACACAGUUAAGACUGGACGUGGAGAAAGAGCUUGAAAUGCAGAUCGGAAUGAGACAAGAGAUGGAGCUGGCUAUGAAGAUGCUGGAAAAAGACGUUUGCGAGAAGCAGGAUGCUCUUGUGGUGCUCAGGCAACAGCUGGACGAUCUCAGGGCCCUAAAACUUGAACUUUCUUUCAAGCUGCAGCGAAAAGGAUUUGGUGAAACAGGCAAAAACCUUAAAUAGCGCAGCGAACAAAUUAAUUCAGAAGCCUCAAAUGGAAAAGAGAAACUCCUUCUGCCUGGUUCACCUCAACCAUUUUAUUUAUUUUUUUAGUCCGUCGUUAGAUUUUCGUUUCUCGUCCCCUUCUCGUCCCCACGCUCAUCCCUCCAUCGCUCAUUCAGCCUUUCCUUUUAUUUAUGGUUUCAAUUUGGUCUCCCCCCACCCCCCUACCAUAGCUUUUGUUUUUUAUCACAAGUUCAUGUGGCUCAUACCCAGAUUGCAGCUGUCCGAGCGGGAGUGCCAGUCUCUGCAGGAGGACAAUCGUCUCUUCAAGGAGGAAUUUGGAGACAAGAUCGACAGCCUUCAAGUCGAAGUGGAGCAACUUACAAAGCAGCGAGGCCAGCUUGAAGUUGAAUUGAGACGAGAACGGGAACAGUGGCUGCAUUUGCCUCACGGAGUUCCAGAGAACAAAAGCUUGUUCAGCCCUACCAAAGGCAUUCAAAAGACCGCAUCAAAGGAUUCAAGCGACAGGCACAUAGGUGGAGAUUCCCGAUCGAGAACAUCAGUGAAAGAGAACACAGUGCUUUCAAGCAGGUAUGGAUUAAAUCCAAAUCCAGAGUCUUUGGCUUUUCUUAAACAAGCAGACCAAUAUAAUGAUGGUGCUUAUAAGUCGCUAAACCCACCCACACAAAGUUUGUGCACUUUCCUGAAUUCUUUCCUCUCAAUUUCCUUCCAUUCAUUAAAGGGAGCCAAAAUGAUCCAAUGGCUGAAUUUGUUGUCCUUGUUAGUGCUGUUUCAAGGAGUCCAGUCUCAAGUCCAGUUGGUGGAGUCUGGAGGGGAUGUGAGAAGACCUGGGGAGUCCCCCCGUCUCUCCUGCCAAGCCUCUGGAUUCACCUUCAGCAGCUAUCCCAUGAGCUGGGACCAAGCUCCAGAGAAGUCCAAACCCUGCCAACUGUGUCAAGAAGAAAGGACUCGGAGCGAAAGAAAGAACACCUGCAAGAACUGCGGAGGCGUCUUCUGUGAAGAUUGCUCAGCAAACGAACUACCUCUCCCCUCUAGCAUCAAGCCGGAACGGGUGUGCAAUCUUUGCCACAAGCACUUAAUACAGCAAUAUUCUGCCAGCCCUCCCUAGGACUGCAAAGAGUGACCCUGCUUUCUGUUCGCCUGGCCCUUCCCCUUGAAACGAGAUCGAUCUCGGGAGCGGCUUAAAAGACGUUAUUUCCGGAACCAUGUUUGUUUGUUUUUUUGCUUUCGCAGAGACGAAAAAGAACGUGGGGUGGAACAGUCGUCCGCCGACAAUCCGUCGUUGUAGUUUUGAAGCUUUUGCGUUGACUGCACCUUGACGAGUCCCCCGUACCCGUCCCUCCCCGCGGUGCAGAUUGGGGAAUUUCUCCUACGUGGGUCUCCGUUUAGAAAGAAAAAUGAUUGGUGUUAAGUGUUUAGGA